AGAGCCAGCGAGACACCCUAGUCGUAGAUGGGUUUUUUUCUUUCUUUUUUUCUGUUUCAAUAAACGUCUAUAUGAACUAAGUAGACCCGACCCAGCGGAUAUUCCGUUGGUGUCUAUGAGAGACACACCCAGUUAAGAAGACCGGAACUGACAUUUUUGUUCUGUGAUAAACGGUCUGAGUUAACUGUCUUCAUUUAUCCACCAUCUUUGGUUCUGCUUUGAAUACAUUGCAUGGAAAUAUUGCCACAAGCAAUGUCCCGAGUGACGAGUACGCACAGUACUGUUCCAUCGCAACUUUGCUAGGAUUCUUUUAUGAUUCUAAGUAACGGAAUAGUUAGGCUAAGCGCUCAUCUGUGGAUACGUUGUAAGAUUAACUUUUCUUAAUAUUUGCUUGUAGAAAUACAUUUCCCUUGUUUUCAGUCGUUUGAGAAGUCUACGCUUAGGAUAACUUUGUCUUGCUACCCAGACGUGAAUGGCGCCUGAGCCCAACGCUUCCCCCAGUGUGUGUGUGUGUCAGUGCAGACACACACACCCUCUCCCUCGUCAGUCUCGGUUAUCAGAUAUUUUUACCCUGCCUGGUCCGGAAUCCUGCCAGCCAAGCGGAUAAUGGCCCUACUCUCUCUCCAGUUACCCCUCAGAGUGUAAGGAGCCGAGACCACGACACACACACGCACACACACGCACACACACGCACACACACACACACACACACACACACGCACACACACACACACACACACACUUCCCUGACAGCUCUGGUUUUGUUUCUGGGUGAUGACAUCAUGACCGGGGCGUUACUGAAAGGGGGAAAUGUGGCAGACACACACACUCCUCGAUUCUCGCUCCUCUGACGCCCGAAGUCUUCAAACACCAUCGCUAGAGAUGGAGGCAGCUUCAGUCCACAAAGCUUCCUGUGUUUGGAAUUGUAUUAACAGUUAUCAGCCUUACUCCCACACCCCUUCCCAGCCCCGGUGCCUCUAGAGGGGCCCAUCGACCCAGGAUGCAGGGGGGCUCUGGUCCGGCCCAGCCCCAGCCACGAUGCCCAUCACCCAGGAGAACGCCCUGAGCCACAUCCAUCUACUGGAGGACUGGCUCCUGGUGGCCCAGACCAGGUACGAGGACCACUAUGGAGACCCAGACCAGCAGUCCACCACCAGCAGAGACCCAGACCAGGACUCGUACCAGGAGUCAGAACACGAGGAGGAUGCCUGCAGCGCGGUCAGUGGCAGCACGGUCAGUGGCAGCACGGUCAACAGCGGCGGCUGCAGAGGUACCAGAGAAGACAUGUCUCUAUGCCAGGCCGCUACACAGAAGCUGAUGGAAUACAUUCAGCUCAACUUCACAGAGGAAGGAGAGAUCCAGAGCACCGCCCUCCGACCCACGACACCGUGUGGAGGUGUGGAUGCGGAGGUGCGAGCCGUGUGCCUCACCAAGCGAGAGGGGGACGGGGCAGAGCUGGGACUCAGUUUCGGUAACAUCCCUAUAUUCGGGGAUCCGGAGGGGGAGGACAGGAAGAAGGGAGGAGGGAGAAGGAGGAGGAGGAGGAAGGGGGAUCAGGGACCCGUGUUGGACGUGGGGUGUAUCUGGGUAACGGAGGUGAGGAAGAGAAGUCCCGCGGCGAAGUGCGGUAGAAUUAAACUACGAGACGAGCUGCUGUCACUCAACGGUCAGCUGAUGGUGGGCGUCGACGUCACGGGAGCCAGUUACCUGGCUGACCAGUGCUGGAAUGGCGGCUGCAUCUACCUGAUCAUGCUCCGGAGGAUCAAGCGUAAAGCCCCUCUCCCUCCGUGCAAUGGAAACGGCAAUGCCACCAUCACUGGUGGCAGCGGUGGCAUCCAAGAUGGCCGAAACUCCCUGCACCAUAGGAGCAGCGUGUCCUCCGAGCCUCCUGACAGCCUUCCGACGCAGACCGGUGGCAGCAAACGGACGCGAAAGUUUGGCAUCAUCGCCCGGUCGACGUUCAAUCGUGAUAGUAAAGAGCUGGGCCCUAAGAACGACAGCUGGGACGAUGGAGGUGGGGAAACGCUGGAGAACGGUUACCGUGGCCACGGAGACUCUGCGAUCUCCUUGGACACGAGGGUCACGCCCCCAGAGCCUAGUAGCUGCACAACUUCCAUGGACACGCCCCCAGAGGAGGAGCCAAGAGAACCGAGGACUGUUCUACCCCCUUUAGCGAUCCCACAUCAUCUGCAGAACGGGCGAGGAACCGCCACCCUGCCGAAUCGCUUCCACAGAGGACUGUCAGAACACAAGACAGAAUCUCUCAGCAGUGAUGCCUCCUGUCAGCCCAGAGAGGGAAGUCGUAUCUGGAAGAUGCACAUGGUGAAAGGUCAGGAGGGGCUGGGGAUCCAGAUUACGGGAGGACGAGGGUCCAAGCGCUCCCCUCACGGCAUCAUCAUAGCGCACGUAGAGGAGGGAGGCGCGACACAGAGGGACGGACGUCUGAAGGCUGGUGAUGAGCUCCUGAUGAUCAACGGUCAGUCUCUGGUCGGCCUGUCUCAUUCAGAGGCUGUAGACAUCCUACGCUCUACCGCUGGACUGGUACAACUGGUCGUCGCUAGCAGGGAGGAGUCUGAAGUUGAUUUCCAUCGGUAUCCAUCCACCAGCCUGCCGGACCUGGUCAGUACCUGCGCCUCGUCUUCCUCCUCCUCUGCUUCUCCCAGCGACAAUCAGGAGAACAUGGAACCUCAUCACAGGCACGGAGUUUGGGAGGACCUCGCAGCCAGCAGCCUCAGCCUCUCUCGGUCUCGACCUACCACACUGACUGAUCUGGCGAAGCUAGAGGACCGAGGCCAGAUGGAGGGACAGACAGAAACCUGGUGCUCUCCCACAUCCAUGAAGUUCAGGAGCAGAUCACAAGGGGGCGGUAGUCGUCUGGAGUCUGUUGGAGAGGAUGACGAGCUGAUUGUGGAGAAUGGAGAGGCGGGCAGUGACAUGGUGGAGAAACCGACACGAGGUGGACGCAAACACUCCCUGCCUCAGCAGUUAGACACUGUAGGCAUCCGACAGGAGUACCAGAUAGUUAAGAAAUCAGCUCGCUCCCUGAGCACCUUUCAAGUGGAGUCUCCAUGGCGACUGGCCCAGCCGUCUAUUAUAUCCAACAUAGUCCUCAUGAAAGGACAGGGAAAGGGACUGGGGUUCAGCAUCGUCGGAGGUCAGGACUCUGCCCGAGGAAGGAUGGGGAUCUUUGUCAAGACUAUCUUCCCCAACGGAGCAGCGGUCGCAGACGGACGACUGAAAGAGGGAGAUGAGAUUCUGGAGGUGAAUGGAGACUCUCUCCAGGGCCUGACCCACCAGCAGGCCAUCCAGACCUUCAAGCAGCUGAAAAAGGGUGUGGUGACUCUAACAGUACGGACACGUCUCCGAAGCCCCAGCCUGACGCCGUGCCCCACCCCCACCCUUCUCAGCCGCUCCUCCUCCCCGAACUCCAACGCCAGCGGGGGCAACCCCACCCCAGUACCCACCACCUUCAACGAACCCCCCGAAACCCGCAAGGGACCCCCAGGUCCUGGCCCCAAAGACCGCAUCAUCAUGGAGGUUACACUCAACAAAGAGCCAGGGGUGGGUCUGGGUAUAGGGACCUGCUGUCUAACUCUAGAGAACAGUCCUCCAGCCAUCUACAUCCACAGUCUGGCCCCCGGAUCUGUCGCCAAGAUGGAUGGACGACUCAGUCGAGGGGACCAGGUCUUGGAGGUGGACUCUGUGAGUCUACGCCAUGUGGCCCUGAGUGAGGCCUAUGCUAUUCUCAGUGAGUGUGGACCAGGACCAGUCAGCCUCAUCAUCAGCAGACACCCCAACCCCAAGGUUUCAGAGCAGGAGAUGGAUGAUGUAAUCACUAGGUCUUCACACAGAGACAGUCUGAGUAAGGACGGACACGCCUCUCAAACUCUAGGCAUGCCUUCUAAGAGCCCCUCCCUCACAGUGAAGGCCAAACAGGCAGAUGGCUCUUCCCUCAGCUGGACCAUGAAGAGGUUCCUGGAGCCCGCCAGCAGGCAAGGGUCUCUGAGUUCGGAGGCGGAGCUAUCUCAGUACUUUUCCCAGGAAGUAACCAGUCAUUCGUCGCUGUCGGAAACCACUGCGAUGGGAUCCAGUGAUGACGACAUGCUCCACCACAGGAGCUGUAACACCUCAAUAGACGACACCCCCGCCACUCAGCCACAUGGGUUAAAAGAUGCCUCUGGUGUAGGAGUGGAGGUCAGCGUGGAGGUCAGAACAGAUGAUAAGGCUCCCGGUGUCCCGGUGUUGAACCGGCCAGUGGAGACCACACAGCGCCAGACCAGCGUGUGUAGUCCUGGUAGCAGCUCCGUCCGCAGCCCACUGCUCCGACAGAGACGAGUCAUCUGCCGUGACGAUGAGGUCAGCGAUGAUGAAGAUGCUGUUACCCUGCCCUUCCGCCAGGUCGCUGGUCGUGUUCCCGCCAUGGGGGUGGUUGCUGACUCUGGCAUCAUGAUCUCUACGUCAUCAGUGGAGUUGGACGAGGAGAGUGAAGGCCCACAUAUCCUGCUUCAUAGUAAUUCUCUGGAGUCACAGGAAGGGGUCGGUUUCGUUCCUGCCUCCGGCGCAGAAUCGCCCUUCAUGCCUAUCCGCCAGUCGGACCAGCACCAGACCCCCGGGGGAGGAGGAGGGUCUUUCCCCACGACAGGCCCCAGUAACCUGGGUGUGAGGAUGGACCCUCAGGGCCCCCUGGAGCCCAAGCACUCCCCUAAGCUGGAACACAAGGCUGUGACACGCGUCAAGAGUAUGCUGAGCAUCGAGGCCCCGCCCAUCCAGCCAACCAAUCAGCAGAACCAGAACCAGAGAACCAAAGGAGAGGAGUCUCCGACCUCCCCAUCCUCCCAGUCUCUGGCCCCUCAGCCUGGGGUAGGUUCCAGCCGCUCCCUGGGACGGCCUGGUUGUAACCCCAACCUCCUCUGUAAGAAGGGCGAGGCCUGCAGCGAGCUGGCGGGGGAGGAGCCAGCUCACUGCACCAUCGACAAGGUGGUCCUGAGGAGGAGUGAGGAGGAGUCCUUCGGUCUGGACCUGGAGAUCAGAUCCUCUCCUCUGAAGGUGGUGAUCACUGGAUUGAGGAUUGGAGGAGCGGCCGAGAGAGAAUCCCGGGGCAGGAUGUGUGUGGGAGACGAGAUCGUGUCGAUUGGGGACACGCCCACGUGCUCCUCGUCCUAUCACGACAUCUGUGAGCUCAUGCACAACCUUCCCGUGACCCUCGCGCUGGAGGUCAAGAGGCCCAUGUCAGCUGUAGAUCGCCUGUCCAGCCUCAUGAUGUCAUCGGGGAGUUGUGAUGUCAUGGGUCCCUCCAAUGGGGGGGCUCCAAAUCCAGGAAGUCCCUCCUCCUCCUCACCGACCAAUCACAAUCCCAAACCCACAACCCCAAUCAACCACAACCACAGCAAUGAUAUACCGGUCACCUACAUUGAUGACGUCAUGACCAGACUAAGCUCCUCCGAUGUAAAGAGCGCCCUCUCUUCCAAUACCCUCAAAGCCCCUUCAGAAGCACAACGUACUGAGACUAUGGCCUGUAAGUCAGCUGUAGACAGCAAGGCCCUGCCAGAGAAUGAGAAAAGCAGAGUUCAGACUCCUCCAGCAUUGCCCAGUCAAUUGGAUUUCUCUGUCUUGGACUCUGGAAAGAAAUGCUGCCUCAUGCCUGUGGGUAAAACAUUCUUGAACAAUUACUCCAGAAACUUUAGCAGUAAUCUCACAGACGAGGGAAUGAACGCUCUUUCAAAUAGGGUGGAGAAACCCCCCGGUGCCUCUGCUGCCGAUUCUAACUGCAACAUGUACGACAUGGUUGGCGGCAGUGAUUCGGAGAGCGAAGACACCGCCACCGACAACAGCCGUGGCGCUGCCGGCGAUAACAAACCGGCGAGCCGCAGUGUCGGCGCUGAGCCCCAGGACACGGAUUCUGAUGAGGAGGAAGUGGAGAUUUGUUACAGUGAGGCCCAGCGGCCCAGCACUCUGAGUCAGGCAGCGCUGACUCACCUAACAGAUGGGCCAUUGUCUCCACAGCUCCAUAUCUCUAUCUCUGGCUCUGACGGCAGCCACAGUACAAAGGAGACUAGGUCCUUUGAUGUAGCACUAGACUCUGCUGCUUCCUCCUCCUCCACUGUCACUACUACUUCAGCGGCCUCCCAGCAAAACGAAGACUGCUCUGUUGUAACCCAAUCCAACCCCGAUCAGAAACCAUUCCCCUCACUGUCUCAGGGUCUGCCUGCCUCUGGCUCUCUAUCCUCAGGUGCCUUUCUGGCUGUGGAGGCCAAAGGUUCCCCUUGCCAAGAAAUGCCCCGCCAGUCUUCCAACGACACAGAUUCUGUGCCCACUACAAGCCCUGCAGGGCCUUCAGAAAGUGGUGUCAACAGGGUUUGUGACACUGUUAUAACACAUCCAAUAAAACCCGGCCAUGCUCCUUCAUUAAGCGUCUGCACUACCCCCAUUGCAGCGGCUAGCCACAACAUCUCGCGACAGAGUCAGGAGAGGUCAGCCCGACUCCGUGCAAACGUUUCACCGGCUGCGGCUUUAGGAAAACUAUCUAACACACAAUCGUCAUCAUCCCACUCAACGGUGGGGGAGGCAAAUCCCUCCAACUAUAGCAAUGUCUGGUCAGGCGCAUCUAAACCAUUGUCAACAUCGCUAACAACAAGAGACAGUGAGAAAGAGAAAGUUUCCUCGUCAAUAUCGCUAACAACAAGAGACAGGGAGAGAGAGAAAGUUCCCUUGUCAAUAUCGCUAACAACAAGAGACAGGGAGAGAGAGAAAGUUCCCUCGUCGACAUCGCCAACAACAAGAGACAGGGAGAGAGGGAAAGUUCCCUCGUCAACAUCGCUAACAACAAGAGACAGUGAGAGAGAGAAGGUUCCCUCGUCAAUAUCGCUAACAACAAGAGACAGGGAGAGAGAGAAAGUUCCCUCGUCAAUAUCGCUAACAACAAGAGACAGUGAUAGAGAGAAGAUUCCCUCGUCAACAUCGCUAACAACAAGAGACAGGGAGAGAGAGAAAGUUCCCUCGUCAAUAUCGCUAACAACAAGAGGCAGUGAUAGAGAGAAAGUUCCCUCGUCAACAUUGCUAACAACAAGAGACAGUGAGAGAGAGAAAGUUCCCUCGUCAACAUCGCUAACAACAAGAGACAGGGAGAGAGAGAACGUUCCCUCGUCAACAUCGCCAACAACAAGAGACAGGGAGAGAGAGAAAGUUCCCUCGUCAACAUCGCUAACAACAAGAGACAGUGAGAGAGAGAAAGUUCCCUCGUCAACAUCGCUAACAACAAGAGAUAGGGAGAGAGAGAAAGUUCCCUCGUCAACAUCGCUAACAACAAGAGACAGGGAGAGAGAGAAAGUUCCCUCGUCAAUAUCGCUAACAACAAGAGACAGUGAGAGAGAGAAAGUUCCCUCGUCAACAUCGCUAACAACAAGAGACAGUGAGAGAGAGAAAGUUCCCUCGUCAACAUCGCUAACAACAAGAGACAGGGAGAGAGAGAAAGUUCCCUCGUCAACAUCGCUAACAACAAGAGACAGGGAGAGAGAGAAAGUUCCCUCGUCAAUAUCGGCAACAACAAGAGACAGUGAGAGAGAGAAAGUUCCCUCGUCAACAUCGCUAACAACAAGAGACAGUGAGAGAGAGAAAGUUCCCUCGUCAACAUCGCUAACAACAAGAGACAGGGAGAGAGAGAAAGUUCCCUCGUCAACAUCGCUAACAACAAGAGACAGGGAGAGAGAGAAAGUUCCCUUAACAUCCCUAGACCUCAGGUUGGUCCAGAAUAACCCUAAUAGUCCCUCUCUCAGGACAUCCGGUCCCAAAUCAGUCAACAACAUUUCAACAGACAGUCCUCUAUCCAGCAGUAGCAGCAGGCUCAGAGUCAAUGACAAAGUCCAGAAGACCAGCAGCACUGCACCCAAAAUGAAGGGGCUCAACAUCAAGAGUAAAACCAAACCCCAGGAGCAACUUUCCCCAAAACCAGCCAGAGCAGAAAGUCCGUCGGUUCUGAGGAAAGCCAACAACACUUCUCCGCUCCAGUCCCCCAAACUGCAAGCCAAGAAGGUGGGCUCCCCCCUGCAAACCAGGAAUGUGGAUUCCCCUUUGCUUACCAGAAAGGCAGCCGUAACCAGCAGCCUAAAGAGUAAACAGCAAGACCGGAGCAGCAGUAGUAGUAGCCCUGCCACACCCAUAACAGAUGGAGGCCAGGACAACCCCACAACCACUACUACGCCAGAACCAAUAAGCCAAUCACAAUCAACUACCAAGAUGAAGGUAGAGGAGCAACGUCUACACAAAGAGGUGGAGCAAGGGAUUUUGGCGGUGGCCAAGUCAAAAGAACGACCAGAGCCAGUCCAAACUACCCAGAGGACCUUCAUCGAGGUGCGACUCUCAUCCUCAUCUCCCUCCUCCACGCCUACACCAGUUCUGGCACCAAAGGAAGUUGUGUAUUCAAACGAUUACUCAAUUCCUCAUACCAAAAAUAUUACUCAACACAAGGAUCAGGUCAAUGGAAAUCCAGUAGAGACCAGUCUAUGGUCAGGAACCCCUGCAACCCCUGGCUCGGUGUGUAAUCUUGAAAAAGUCAACAACACUACCAGUGAAUCAGCAGUGAACUCAAUAGUCCUAGAAUCCGUAGAUGGGGUUCCUUUGCCUAUGAGCAAUGGUCCCAUAGACAUCUCUCACAUGAACUGUAGUAUAACAGAGACGGAUGAAACUGAGAGCCUCAAAGCAAACAAGUCCAAACUGAAGGCGAUGGAGCGUCGUAGUUUCUCCACAGACAACAGCGUCUCAGGGGACCCAAACCCCUUCUCUGUCCGCCAGAGGAUCAAGUCCUUUGAGAACCUGGCCAGCUUCGACAAGCCAGUGCUCAAAUGCAUCGACAUCCAGUCCUUUGCUCAGUCCUAUGCUCUGACAGCAACGUUGAAGCCGCCUCUCAACCGGAGACUGUCUGGCUACAUGUCUGGAUCGGUGAGCUCCAUAGACUGUCGUUCGCUACGAAGGAGCUUCAGUUCGUGCAUCGACAACUUCAACGCAUUAACCCCCUUGACCCCAAUGUCGCCUCAGCUUCGCAAGUCACCGUCGAGCCUGACCCUCACAAACUUUGACCUGUUGACGCAAAGCUGCAGCACUAGCGAAGCUCCCCUCGGACAUAUCCAGGACCAACUUGGAGAUGGAGAAAGUCCCAGAAUCUCCCCAGGAGUUGUAACCCUAACCCCUCAGACGCCUCCGGUGAUGCGGAGUCGCCAGGCCCGAGGUCAUGCCAACCUGUCCCGGUCCAGACUGAGGGAGCUCAGGGCCCUUAGCAUGCCCGACCUGGACAAGCUCUGCACCGAUGACUUCUCCAGCGACCCAGGGACCAACGCCACCAUUAAGACGUCGCUGGAGAUACACCCAGCCAGGCCCACAGAGGUCGUUCAGAACCAAACAGGGGGCUGUUCCCCGCCUCCUAACCCCACCGGGAUGCACCCGACCAGGGCCAGCUGGGCGGAUACCGGGGCCAGCCUGGACCCCAUUCAGAGGAAAACCAACUGUCAGCAGGCAGAUAUUCAGAACUGGUCCAUCAGUUUGACAGUGCUGGCUGGCUCUCCGGUGGAGCAGAGUAAGCUGCAGGCGGUCCUGGCCUCCGUGACCACCAAGACAGACGUGUUGGCACUGCUACAGGAGGCCAAGGCUCUCUCUGAGGAUAAAGAUGAUACCCACUUUGUAGUCUUCUCUAAAGAAGAGGGAUCUGGACUUGGUUUCAGCAUCGCUGGUGGAAUGGACCUUGAGCAGAAGUCCAUAACUGUCCAUCGGGUGUUCUCUAAAGGCGUGGCCGGCCUGGAAGGAACCAUUCAGCGUGGGGACAGUAUCCUGUCCAUCAACGGCAGCAGCUUGGAGGGGACGUCCCACGUAGAAGCCGUGUCCUGUCUCCACCAGGCUAGACUGUCCUCUCAGGUCCUGGUGGUUAUUCGCAGGGGGAAGGACAGUGAAGGACAGAUGUCCCCGAGACAACAUGACCUGGCCCACCACACCGGAAGAAGCUACUCCCUGGGAUGCAGAGAGAACCGGCCUGAGACGACUAGAUCUGUUAUGGGACUGGGAGUGGUGGAGGUGGGUCCUGACGGGGCUCUGAGGGUGGAGCUGCUGAAGACGUCAGCUGGUCUGGGCUUCAGUCUGGAGGGGGGCAAAGCCUCGGCACACGGAGACCUACCCCUCAACGUUAAACGAGUCUUCAAAGGUGGUGCUGCGGAGCUGUCGAGGGUGGUGGACGUGGGGGACGAGGUACUGGAGGUCAACGGACGCUCGCUGCAGGGCCUCAUGCAUUACGACGCCUGGAGCAUCAUCAAGGCCGUGAGCGAAGGCCCCGUGCAGCUGGUCAUCAGGAAACCGCGGACCUCUGUAUGACAGACACACAACAGACAUAUAGAACUAAUAUGAAGAACCAGACGUACCUCGUAGAACACGAAUGUCAGCUCGAGGUGACAUAAUAUAUAAUCCAGGAUUUUUGUACGACAGACAUACAACAGACAUAUCUCAGAGAACUAUACAUAUAGCUACGGUGGCUGAAAUUUUAUUAUCAUGACAUAUUCUGAUGAAACGGACAGACAUUGCCAAGUGGUUAUUUUGUUAAAGCAGACUGCAAUUAGGUCCGGAAUGUCAAAUAGAGUGUCAAAACCAGAUCGUGGAGCAUGAGGCAUUCUUUCUUUUAUUAUAGUGUUUUAUACAGGAGGACAAGAGGCUAUUAUGGUGUCUUAUACAGGAGGACGAGAUACUAUUAUAGUGUCUUAUACAGGAGGACGAGACACUAUUAUAGUGUUUCAUACAGGAGGACAAGAGGCUAUUAUGGUGUCUUAUACAGGAGGACGAGAUACUAUUAUAGUGUUUUAUACAGGAGGACAAGACACUAUUAUAGUGUUUUAUACAGGAGGAUAUUAGACUAUUAUAGUGUUUUAUACAGGAGGAUGUUAGACUAUUAUAGUGUUUUAUACAGGAGGACAAGAGGCUAUUAUAGUGUCUUAUACAGGAGGAUAUUAGACUAUUAUAGUGUUUCAUACAGGAGGUCAAGAGGCUAUUAUAGUGUCUUAUACAGGAGGAUGUUAGACUAUUAUAGUGUUUUAUACAGAAGGACAAUAGGCUAUUAUAGUGUUUUUGUACAGGAGGACAAGAGAGACGAGUAUAGUGUUUUAUACAGGAGGACAAGAGAGACUAGUAUAGUGUUUUAUACAGGAGGAUAUUAGACUAUUAUAGUGGUUUAUACAGGAGGACAAGAGGCUAUUAUAGUGGUUUAUACAGGAGGAUAUUAGACUAUUAUAGUGUUUUAUACAGGAAGACGAGAGGCUAAUAUAGUGUGUUUUACAGGAGGAUAAGAGAGUGUCUUUAUGGUGGCAUCUUGGAAUAUCUCUACAAGGUGUGGAAAGCGUUCCACAGGGAUGCUGGCCCAUGUUGACUCCAAUGCUUUCCCACAGUUGUGUCAAGUUGGCUGGAUGUCCUUUGGGUGG